AUCAUGUUCCCGAGUAGUUGGGCCAAGGGCUGGGCCGACACAGAUGAGCGCAUACAGGAUCCGACGGUUGGUAGAUGCCGAGAGAUCCAAAAGGCCAAGAGAAACACAGCGCCGUCCCGUAGCCCCUCCACGCAUUGCCGCCGACGACCAGCACGACGUCGACGACUCUCUCUCUCUCUCUCUCUCAGAGCGCCUUCUUCUUCCAUUUCUAGUUUCGUCCCUCAUUUGUCUUCGCCACUUAAACUUCCGCCUUUUGCCUCAUUCCAACCCUAGGCACUUCUUCUGCGUUUCUGGGUUUCUUCUGAUCAUUCACUCCCAAUUUCCGAAGGCGUGCUCUUAUUUCGCUGAACGUCGUCGUCGGAGAACCACGGGGAAGAAAGAUUCAUGACAAUCGUCGAGGUCCUCCUUUUCUGCCUUCCAUAAUCCCCUUUCGGUUGAAAGUUUGCUGUUUUGGUAGCCUUUUCCCUUGGUCGUCUAGUCUAAUUUCGUCCUCUAUCACUUUGGAAGACGUGGGUAUGGAUAAUGAAGUGCUAGAAUUCGAUAUAGGUGUGGGAGUUAGUAGUGGAGGAGAUGUUGAUGACGACGCUAUCGAUAUUGAACACCAUGCUAUCGAUGAGGAUGAUAUGAUUGAUAGCCCAAUUGCUGGAAUUUCCGUUGGAAAUGCUGGAUUUAGUGCUAAUGGGGUUGAAGGUGGUGGAAAUUACUUCCCUGAGAGAGAGCUUCUGGAUCUUGAGCCUUACGAGGGUAUGGAGUUUGAGUCGGAAGAGGCUGCUAAGGCCUUCUACAAUUCAUAUGCCCGACGGGUUGGCUUUAGCACCCGUGUUAGUUCCUCGCGGCGGUCCAGGCGAGAUGGAGCUAUUAUACAGAGGCAAUUUGUGUGUGCCAAAGAAGGUUUCAGGAAUAUGAAUGAAAAGCGCACCAAGGAUAGGGAGAUCAAGCGGCCCAGGACAAUUACCAGAGUAGGAUGCAAAGCCUCCUUGUCUGUGAAGAUGCAUGAUUCCGGUAAAUGGGUUGUAUCUGGCUUUGUAAAAGAGCACAAUCAUGAGUUGGUUCCUCCCGAUCAGGUUCAUUGUCUCCGCUCGCACAGGCAAAUAUCUGGUCCUGCUAAGACCUUGAUAGAUACAUUGCAAGCUGCAGGGAUGGGCCCCCGCAGGAUAAUGUCAGCUCUGAUAAAAGAAUAUGGUGGCAUCAGCAAGGUUGGCUUCACCGAGGUGGACUGUAGGAAUUAUAUGCGGAACAACCGACAGAAGAGCAUAGAAGGAGAGAUACAACUUCUUCUGGACUAUCUGAGGCAGAUGAAUGCUGAGAACUCGAGCUUCUUUUAUGCUGUACAGGGAAGCGAAGAUCAGUCUGUGGGUAAUGUGUUCUGGGCUGAUCCAAAAGCUAGAAAGGAUUUCACUCACUUUGGAGAUACUGUUACUUUUGACACAACCUACAGGUCCAACAGGUAUCGCUUACCUUUUGCACCGUUCACUGGUGUAAACCACCAUGGGCAACCUGUUCUCUUUGGCUGUGCAUUUCUGAUAAAUGAAAAUGAGGCUUCAUUUGUAUGGCUUUUCAAUACGUGGCAUAAAGCAAUGUCUGCCCGUGCUCCUGUGUCGAUCACCACUGACCAUGAUGCUGUUAUAAGCGCAGCCAUCAUGCAGGUUUUUCCAGAGACCCGACAAAGGUUUUGCAAAUGGCAUAUCUUCAAAAAAUGCCAAGAAAAGCUGUUGCAUGUUUUCCUCAAGCAUCCUACUUUUGAGGCGGACUUCCACAAAUGUGUCAAUUUAACUGAAUCGAUCGAGGAUUUUGAGUCAUGUUGGUUGUCGCUUCUUGACAAAUACGAGCUAAGAGAUAAUGAUUGGCUACAAGCAAUAUACUCUGAUCGUCGGCAGUGGGUCCCAGUAUACAUCCGUGACACCUUUUUUGCUGAAAUGUCCACAACUCAGCGCAGUGACAGUAUGAAUUCAUAUUUUGAUGGUUAUGUAAACGCCUCAACCAAUCUGAGUCAGUUCUUCAAGCUGUAUGAAAAAGCUUUAGAGAGUCGGCGUGAGAAAGAAGUUAAAGCAGAUUAUGAUACAAUGAACUCACCCCCUGUUCUGAAGACUCCAUCUCCGAUGGAGAAGCAGGCGUCAGAUCUUUACACUAGAAAGUUGUUCAUGAGAUUUCAGGAGGAAUUAGUUGGAACUUUAACUUUCAUGGCAUCUAGAGCGGGUGAUGAUGGGGAUGUCAUUACCUAUCAGGUGGCAAAGUAUGGAGAGGAUCACAGGGCUCAUUUCGUCAAGUUCAAUGUUUUGGAGAUGAGAGCAAAUUGCAGUUGUCAGAUGUUUGAGUUCUCAGGCAUCAUUUGCAGACAUAUAUUGGCAGUCUUCAGGGUCACAAAUGUCCUCACACUUCCACCUCAUUAUAUCCUCAAAAGAUGGACCAGAAAUGCCAAGAGCAGUGUCAUAUUUGAUGAUUAUGGUUCUCAUGCAUUUGCCAAUUAUUUGGAGUCCCAUACUGUCCGUUAUAAUACCUUACGCCAUAAAGCUUUGCAGUUUGUAGAAGACGCUGCUAACUCUGUUUAUACUUGCGAUGCUGCGGUUGUCGCUUUGCAAGAAGCUGCCACGACUGUUGCCUUAGCCAUGAAAAAUGAAGGUAGAAAAACUAUUACAAACGGGCAUAUUGUGGAAAGAUUAGUAGCCGACAGAAACCAAGCAGACAACCAUGGUGACCAUCAAAUGUCUGAGCAAUCUGAAUCUGAGGAUGAUGCGGACAAGAAGAUACAGCAACUCAGAAACGAGCUGGAGUUAGCAACCCGGAAAUGCGAAGCUUACAGGGCUAACCUACUUUCAGUCUUGAAAGACAUGGAAGAUCACAAGAUACAAUUAUCCAUCAAGGUGCAAAACAUAAAAAUUAGCUUGAAGGAUAGUCUCUGAGUACAUCCUCAGCAUCCCCUGCCUUGCUUCUAGUACCAAUAGCUUAUAGCUUACAGUGUAUAUUUUGUCGUUUUUACACUUCAACAUACCCCUGUUUCAGUAGGGUAGGUAGCCUUCCUUACAGAUGUUGUAUUCACAUUUCUUACGUAUUUUGAGUAAAGCUCGUGGUUCGUUAUCGGCCAUGGCGCCGCCAUGGUUC